AAUUGACAGUGACAAUUUGUCAGAAAACUUGAAAGGUGGGUAGGCCCCCGAUUCGAGAUUCGCGAAAAUAAUUAAUUCUCUUAUCAAGGUACCGAUUAAAUUAAUGUACAACUGUAUAUCGUCGUGUGCGAGCGAGCGUUAACGCGACCGGAUUCAAAUAUUCAAACCGGACUUAAAUUGUGAAUAAUUAAUAAUAAAAUCACGAGACAAUGUGUUUUGACGUAAUUAAUAGCGAUAAAUGACGCUGCACAGCGUGUAUUGGCUGCUAAAAGCUUUGUUUUAUUAUUGAAUUGUGUCUACUGCGGUCAGAGUGCACCAGAAUGUCCAAGGAGAAUAGUUUCGGCAAUGAGGCACAGGAAUCGCUAUUGUAUUCUGCCAGACAUGGAGAACUAUCAGUGGUCAAAGCGAUGUUGGAAGCUAAAAAUGAAGGAAAACUAACAUUGGAUAUCAAUUGCAAAGGCAAAAGUAAAACUAAUCUAGGCUGGACUCCCCUACACUUGGCAACAUACUUCGGUCACAAAGAUGUGGUGCAAGCACUGUUGGAAGCCGGGGCUAGCGUCGAUGAGGUCAAUGACACCGGCGAUACGGCGCUGCAUAAAGCCUCUUUUAUUGGAAAUGAGGAACUGGUAAUCCUUCUCCUCCAACACAAAGCCGAUGUGAACAUCAUGAACGGUGAAGGUCGGACUCCAUGCGACAUGUCUAAGACCAGAGAUGUACAACGUUUGCUAGAAGCGGCUGGCAGGGCGGAAAGACAUGAACGGGAACUGAGGCUGUUGACUGCCGCUAAGGAUGGCAGGAUUGAUGAUAUUCAGGAGCUGCUAAGCAGUCCAAACCCUCCGAAUAUAAACUGCGUGGACGCUCAAGGCAACACGUGUUUACACUGCGCCGCCUACAGAGGGCACACGAGGCUUGCCGUGCUGCUGCUGCAGAAUGGUGUCGAUACCACGUUAAAGAAUAACAGUGGUCAGUUAGCAAUCGACCUGGCCAAAGACACAGAGAUGCGUGAGGUAUUAAGCGUGAGGCCGGUGCAGCGGCUACAGAGAACUGCCGCCAGGUUUGAGGGUCCACUCCUCAAAAGGUCACGGUUUUUAGGCUGGAGACCUGUUUGGGCAGUACUACAACGCGGAGUACUCCUAUACUACGGCUCCCGAGCCGAAGCAGCUCGGUCAGGACCCCACUACCGAGCUCGCAAGUACCUCGACGCUGCCACUCUCUCCGCCACCAGCACCGAGCCAGCACUCAUCACUCUACACUUCAGUGACGGAGACACACACCGGCUAGCUGUGAGGGGGGAGGAUGUUGCUGCCUGCAGGCAGCAAUGGGUGACGGCAUUGAACGAGCACAUCGCAUAUUCUGGUCACUAUCUCUGGGCGGGCGCAUCACCUGACUCCGCGCGCGAAGCUACUGAAGAUUUGGAGGACGAGUGUAAGCCACUGGGCUCAAUGCAAGACGCAUUAACAGCAGCUACAAACAGCUUAGCUCUAUUAGACACACAGUUGCGCGAGUGUGGCGCCAUCGUCGCGGCGCUGGACAAGAGCGUCAACGUCGGCAACUCGCUACACCACUCCGCUUAUAUGCGCUUCCAACACGCAUGCGGCACGGGGUCGGAAGCCCUGCAGGCGCUGCGGCACUGCGCGGCGUUAGUCGCGCAGGCACGGGACGCCGACACCGCCAGGCUUAAUAGAGAGAUAGAACGCAACCGUGUAUUGGAAGAAGCCCUGGCUGCGCUAGCGAGGACACAUCACGCGCUUGAAAUGUCUGUUGCUGAGGAACUUACUAAGAGCAAACGAAAGAAAAAAUCAAAAUCAUCAUCGACACUGAACGACUCGAAAGAGAAUUUCUUCGACGUCUUCGAAGAAUCGGAAGACGAAGACGACACGUUGGUGACAGCGGGGCUGUCCAGUCCUCUCGGCGCGCUGAGCCCGUGGGGCAGCAGCCCCGACCUCACGCGGAGGACGCCCAUCGGCAGUCUUGAUGGCGACAAAACCCCCACAAACGAGGAACAAGACGAGCGCUACGAGCGUCGCCUCUCAGGCUCGUCAGGGGGUUCCCCCGUGUCACUACACACGGCCGUCAGCGCCGCCAGCUCGCGAGGCACGCUGGUGUCUCAGGGCGGACACGUGUAUAGGAACGCGAGGCCGUAUCGGAAGAACGCACAUCCCAGAACCUCCCUCCCAGUGGCUCAGUUCAGCCGCGGCGACUUCUCCCUCUGGUCUGUGCUGAAGAACUGCGUCGGCAAGGAGCUAUCCAAGAUCACGAUGCCUGUGGUGUUCAACGAGCCCCUGUCCUUCCUCCAGAGGAUGCUGGAGUACCUGGAGUACGCUCAUCUGCUGAGGAUGGCGUCGGAGCAAACCGAUCCUGUUGCCAGGAUGGAGUAUAUUGCUGCAUUCGCAGUGAGUGCAUUGGCGUCCAACUGGGAGCGCCUGGGCAAGCCGUUCAACCCUCUGCUAGGGGAGACAUACGAACUCGAGCGCCCUGAGUUCAGAGCUGUUUGUGAACAGGUAUCCCACCACCCCCCGGUGUCGGCUUUCCACGCCGACAGUCCUCACUUCGUGUUCCACGGUUCAGUUCACCCCAAGCUGAAGUUCUGUGGCAAAAGCGUCGAGAUUCAGCCUAAGGGCCACGUCACUGUUGAGCUGCCGAGAUGGGGCGAGGCUUACACCUGGAGCAACGUCAACUGCUGCGUCCACAACGUGAUCGUCGGCAAGCUCUGGAUCGAACAGUUCGGAGCUAUGGAGGUGACCUGUCAUGGCGGCGCCGGGCUUAAAGCGAACCUCGUGUUCAAACCAGCUGGGUUCAAUAAUAGGGACCUGCAUCGUGUAGAUGGGUUCAUUACUGAUGCCAACAAAAAGCGCCUCAAAUUCCUGUACGGCAAAUGGACGGAGUAUAUAAAGUGCUGCAGCGCUUCGGCGUACGAGGCGUGGGCUCGCGAGCGCGGCGAGGAGGCGUCGGCGCAGACUCCCUCGCACACGCCCAAGAAGAUGCUGGCCAAGCUUAACAGCUUCAAGGUCGGGGCACUGCGCUCCAUGUCUAUUCAGGAUUCAGACGACGCGGAGAAUUCAGAAGACGUGCCGAAGUCAGACGAUACGAAUAACAUAGAGAUCGCCGGCUCCGUCACACUGUGGGAGGCAAGGCCACGACCCAGCACUAGUGCACAGUACUACCAGUUUACGGAAUUCGCGAUGUCUCUCAACGAGCUCGAAAGGGACAUGAAAGGCCAGCUCUGUCCCACUGACAGCCGACUCAGGCCUGACAUCCGACUUCUGGAGCAGGGAGAUAUCGAUGGUGCAGCCACUGAGAAGACCAGGCUUGAGGAGAAGCAGCGCACUGCUAGGAAGCUGUUGAAGAAGUCACCUGAGGCUUGGCAGCCAAGAUGGUUCAGCCAGGGCACGAACCCGUACACGAAGCAAGAAGACUGGUUGUACAACGGCGGCUACUGGGACCGCAACUACCAACACCUGAAGGACGUGGACAUAUUCUGAAGCUACCUCUAACUCUGCUACUCUACGUACAAAACAUUGUGACUGGGAAUCUUAGAAGAAUAUUUACGGCUGCUUUUGUUUAUCAGGUAUUUUUUUGUCUGCUGUAGUAUGUUUUUGUGCCAAAGUAUGUAUAUUGUAUGCGACUGUGUCAUUUUUUUUUUCUGAAAGCAUUUCUGAAGGCGUAGCUCAAAAGGAAAGGUUGACUUUAGAGAAGGAUCGACGGUCCAACAUGUGGUUUUGGUAUGAGUAUGAUGUGCAGAGUCGUGAUGAUGAGUAGGAACCUGCUGAUGGGGUAAAGUGGGUUUACCUAUGCGAGGUGUUUCUCAAAUCUGGGUACGGAAUAGUAAAAUAUCACUUAUUCUUUGAGAAGGAUAAAUGGGGUGUAUGAUAGGUCUCGACAAAAAUUCGUGUAGACAAGGAAUGGUCUCACUAUGUUUAAAAAACAAGGCGGUUUAAGUAAAUUACUCGUUAUUGAGACAGUGUUAAGAAAGUAAGAUAGAAGAAAUACAUAUGUGUACCAAGUAUAUAGUUUUAUAAUUUGUGAUAUAUUGCCACCAAAAGCACCAGAUCUCUUAAUUUUAUCGUAAUUUAUUUUAAUUUGGCUUGAAGCUAAUAUGUAAAUAAGAAUGAUAUCAAAACAUACAAUGGAUUUGGAAUUAAAUAUAUAUGAAGUUUAAUGAAAAGAAGUAUUAAAUAAGAUUAUAUAAAGUAGUGGACCACAACGGAAUGGAUUUAAGAAAGAUUAAUAUUUUCAUCUUGAAGUUAAGAAAUAUAAGAUAGAAUAGAAAUGAUAUUGAGGCUUGUAAGCUAUUCUCAACUUUGUAAACAUAUUUGAUUAAUUUAAGAAUCAAUAAAUACCCACUUAGUUACUCAAGAUUCUGAAGAGGCGACGCAAUGAGUGUUUGAGACUUUUUAGCCUCGAUAUAAAUUAUAUUGAAGGAUACCUAUAAUAAUGAAAUAUUUGGUCUGGGUAAUGUCUACCUAUUGCAGGAAGUAAUUUUAAUUAAUUUUUAUUUUUAAGAGGUUUAGUUUGAAUAUGCAAUAUUAAAAAUAUUUGUUUUAAAAAUUAUUGUGUUUCAAUAAAAGUAAGAUCUAAAUUUUGACCUUAUUUCCAAUGGUGUUCUUUAACUUUGCUUCCGAUGUUUAAAAGUGAAGUCAAUUAUUAGUUAAAGAUGUUGAAAGUUUCAAUGUAGCUGUAUCGUUGAAUAUGUUGUGUCAGGAGAAAUUUCAAAAUAAUACAUC